AUUAGUAUAACCUCCCCCUGUGUUCUCUCCCCUGCAAGCAACUCAAGGAUUCUCUGAAGCAGCAUAGACGACAACAAUGGCUGACGAGUACGCUUUCACUGUAGAGGAAAUGGCGAUAGACGGUACCGUCGGAUACCCGAGAGCUUAUGCGAAGCUCUGCCGUGAUCGGAGUGCUGGUCCGUGCGCCCAUGGUCCUCCUUUUACUUUCAUGCCUUACUGUCUUCCAGACCACGAGGUCAUGAGAGCAAGGGAAUUAGAUCAAAUUUUCCCCAUACUUGACCCAAAAGUAAAACGAACUGCCAAGCCCAAGAUAUUUUUUAGUCUCUUGUGGAAGCAGCUUAAUCACCUUGGGAAUGCCGGCUUUGAUCCCGCAGUAAUUCGAGUGGAUCCAUACGGAAACGUCCUAUACUAUCAUGCCGAUUCGGCGUCUCCUCUCGCUUGGGACAUAGAUCACUGGUUUCCAUGCUUAAGAGGAGGUUUAACUGUGCCAAGCAAUCUGAGGAUAUUACAGUGGCAAGCCUGCAAGAAAAAGCACAACAAGCUAGAGUUUCUCAUUCCAUGGUGGGAUUUUCAGUUGGGCAUCUCUGUAAACCAGUUCUUGUCAAUCUUUGCUUCUGCCAACUCCGAUUUCAGGCACAGGGCGUUCUCUUUUUUGUUCUCUGAAGGUGAAAAUGAGGAACUGAAUUCUUCACAGGCUGUGAACUCUCAUUCUUUUCCGCAGCAUUUCGUCGAAUCUAAAGAGAAACUGGGUCUUGCUCCGGCUGCCAUCGUCACAUCUAGGAGGGAGUCUUAUGGCUCUUCAUCAAUUUUGCAAUCUGUGGAUUAUAAUAGGUUGAGGUCAAGUUCUCUUGCAAUAGCUGCAAGAAACGCAAAGGCUAGUAAAGAGAAUGAGAACCCAGACAAUCUCAAAAACCCAUAUCAAGCUCUUGUCAUGGCCAGAGAUUCCCUCAAACAAAGAGAAGAAACUGCAAAGAUGCUGGCAGAAGUACAGAAACUCGACGAUGAAGUGAGCGAUACAAGGCGAAAGAAUGAAGAGGAAAAGCUAAGCAUUCAGGACUUGGAAUUGGAGCUGAUAAAGCGUAGGAGGCGGGCGGAGAAGUGCAGGAAGCUAGCCGAGGCGCAGUCGUCAUACAGAACCAUGCUUGAGAAGAUGAUAAGAGAUGCUAUGCACCAGAGUGUGAUUUAUAAAGAGCAGGUGAGACUGAACCAGGCUGCUGCAAACGCACUGAUGGCAAGACUUGAAGCUCAAAAGGCAAUUUGCGAUGCCUCAGAGAAGGAGCUGCACAAGAAGUAUAAGCAAAAAGAUGAGAUUGAGAAACAAAUAAGGCCCGAGUUGGAGCAAGCAAGGAAGAGAUCAAGAAUGGAUGACACCUUGAUUGAGGAGAGAGACCAGAAGCAGAAGCCCGUUCUUUAUUUACCUGGAACCAGACCGCGAACUCCUCUGCACAAGGAACUGAGAGUUUUUCUAGAGGAAGAACAUAAAGCAUCUGACGCUAGAUUAUCCCCGACUGAAGAUGAAAAGCGUUUUGUGAGAGCGAAAGAAGUGAACAAAACCGAAAAGGACUUUCCCAUAGACGAACGCAGGGAGUGCGGUAAAGCCAUAGUUGUCUUGGAGGAUGACAACAUAAAUGAGCAGCAUGGAUAUGGCACAUCUCAAGUAGACGAGGAGAGGAAACACAGUUUUCAACUUCCAAUCCCGAGAGAACCAGAAAUCGAGGAAGAUGAAGAAAGCAGGAAAGAGCGCGGCAAAGGGAACGUGGAGAGGUGGCUCCAAAUGCUGUUAGAGAAUGCUCAAGGAGAAGACUUGCAGGAGGAGCAGCCUCAACUUGACAAAAGUGAGAAUGAGAAAAAUAUGACAACUGAUAUCAUCAGCAAACUAAAUCUCAAGUACCCACAAAAGGAGGGAAAGAAUUGGAAAUCUCCAGAUUCUGAAGACAGAAGAGAGGACAUGAUAACAAAACAGAUUCAGAAGGAAAAGAGUGAAAAAUCUGAAGUGAAUAAUGUCACAGAAGGAGUUGAAAGGAGAAGCCAGAGUGUUGGGAAGGAAAGAAAGCUUGUAAGGUGUGAGAGCGCCAGGGCUUUUCGCCGCAUUCCAUCUUCCCCGUCUAUUAUCUUGGGCAUGAAGAAAGGUGUUGAGUGCAUAAGAAAGAAGCCCAUGGUUAGUGGAGAUGAUGAGGGUUAUGAAGAGCAGCAGCAUAUCAUAGGAGGGAAUAGCUUCCUCAAGUCAUCCAUUAAGACCAUCAAGAAAGCAGUGAGAAUAUGAGAGUUCAGUUCUACUUUAUUACCUAUACAUAUGCAUCUGAUCAGUCCUCAUUUUUUUCUUUUCCUAGAAAAAAAAUAUUUUUUCCUUCCUGUGUUAAUGUUGAAAAUAGCAGUGUGAAAUUUAGGUAUUAUUUCGUUUGUAAUAACGGCUUGUUGUUUUAAUAGAGUCAG